AUGACUACGAAUGAACCAUAUGAUGUAAUUACAGCUGUACUUCAACAAGCACAAAAUCGCAAUGUCAAUAUUAAAAUAAAUCCAACUAUUAGUAAUUCUGUUAAUUUUCUCGAUAUAACUAUCACAAAUAUGAAUGGACAAUUAAGAACAUCGAUCUAUCAUAAGCCCACAGCAGAUCCUUAUUACUUACCAUACAAGUCAGAUCAUCCACAUAGUAUUCAUCGCAAUAUACUAUAUAUUGCCUUAGUACGUGCAGCACGUCUUUGUUCAAACCUACAUGAUUUUCAUAGAGAACGUUUAAGAAUUCAUGUAUCCCUAUUAUUAAAUAAUUAUCAGCCACAUUUUAUAUCAAAUCAUUUUCAACGAUUCUUUCAAGUACAUAAAGCCGCUGUUCUCUAUAAAUACUUUGAUGAAAACAUCUGUUCUCAAUUACAUCUACAACUACUGUAUCAAACUUCAAUGCGUGAAUUCGAAGAACAAGCAAUACAAAAAGAUCCUGUUCUAUUUCUACCAGCAUUACCAUAA